CAAUUUGUAUUACAUAAUGUUGUUUUGUCUGAAAUAAAACAAAAGACAGUUUGAUAAACUGAUUUUUAGUUUGAAGCUAAGUAAUUUUAUUUAGAUCCUUAACAAUUUACUUAGUUCAUAUGACCCUAGCCAUAAAGUUCAGCUCAGUUCUUAUUGGAUUAUUAUUAAUUAUUUAUAAAACAAAUAAAAUAAGUUUUAGAAAUUUUUUUUUUUGGAAAAAUGGCUUAAAAGUCUAGAAGAAUACAAUUAACCGUGAGUUAUAUGCCAUCUGUAUUUGUGAGUACCGUGCACAGUUCAAGCACUUUUGGGACUUCAAUUUCCCAGAGGCCGCAGAACAAUUGAUAGUUUUACACCUUAGUUCUUUGUUAACUUUUGAGCGAAACAGUCGCAUUUUGUGCUUAGAAAUAAAUAUGGGAACAAGCUGGUUUAAUGGCACGACCCUGUUGUUUGGAUUUUGCAGUGCUGUUUAUAUAUUUUUUUUAACCUUUGCAAUUUUAACUUUAGUUAUGUGUUGAGACUAACUUUUAUCAAUAUCCUAUAUCCUCCAAUGCCAAACCCCAAUUUCGGAUUGUUUAA